AUGACAGCUAUUAUUGAAACAUCGCCUGGAACUUGCGGCUGCAAAGGAGUACGAUUUUGUGCAUUAUGUGAGACCUCUGAUAGAGUUCAGAGGCUGAGGGUUGAGAAUGACAAGUAUGCGGAUUACGACAUAUAUGUAUUUGACUACAUCACAAAGAGAGGAGUUCGUUGCCCUUCUUUGACAUAUACAUCUUCUGUAGAAGACAUCCAGUCUGAGACUUUCUCUUGUUAUUUAUCGAAUAAUAAAGAAGACGUUAUUGUUAUCAACGGUCUUAUGGUUGUUCCUGAUUUCCUUACUCAAUCUGAAGAGGAGGAUAUCAUGAAAAUGAUCGAUGGUGUCGAAUGGGUGUUUUCACAGUCUGGAAGGCGUAAGCAGGACUAUGGACCUAAGGUAAAUUUCAAGCACAAGAAAGUGAAAAUGGACACGUUUGUAGGAAUGCCAGAAUAUGCGGACAUGUUGCUUGAAAAGAUGAAGUCAGUAUCCCAAGAGAAGUUAGGAAACUACGUUCCUUUUGAGAUGUGCAACUUAGAGUACGACGAGAAAAGGAAAAGUGCUAUUGAGAUGCACUUCGACGAUACAUGGAUCUGGGGGAAUCGUCUCAUAAGCAUCAACCUGUUGAGUGGUUCCGCUAUGACUCUUGCAAAUGAGAAAACUCGACAGGUACAUUGUGUUCCUUUUGCAGUUAAUCAUUAUAAAAAAGCGAUUUGCUCUGCUGACUCCAGCGCUGAAAAUCCAUUCAAAGUCGAAACAGCCGAGACACUCUUUGAAUGCGAAUGCGAAAGCUCCUGGGAACAGACGGAACGUUGUUCACAUAAACUAGAGUUAAGUGAAGAAUGGGCUUGUACUUAA